AUGGAUGUGACAUUCGUGUGCUCGGGGGAGCUGGCCUUCAAGAUGGAGGUGGGCUUCUUCGACACCGUCGGCGACAUCAAGCAGAGGCUCCAGAGCUACAGAGGCUGGCCCGCCGCCGGGAUGUCCCUGUUCCACAACGGCGACUUGCUGGAGGACGCCGGCGGCUCCGCCGCCUGCGCCCAGCGGUACGGCAUCGUGGAGGGCUCCGUCAUCCACGUCGUCGUCGAGUUCGCCGCCGCCGCCGGCAACAAGGGGAGCUGCGGCGGCGCGCUCCGGCUGCGCGUCAACGUGGUGUCGCGGUGCGGCCACUGGCGCGCCGAGAUCGCCGUGAGCGCGCGGGACGAGGUGUCGGCGCUGCGGGAGCAGCUGGAGGAGCGCGUUUUCCCGCUGCCGCUCGACGGCGCCUACUUCUUCAUCCACCGGCAGAGCGUGAUGGACGAGGGCCGGUCGUUCGAGUGGCACGGCGUGGAGACCGGCGACGAGGUCGUCGUGUUCGAGGGCACGGUGACCAGAUCACCGGCCUACUAGACUAGACGUCGCCGCUGCUGUCUAGUCUGGGAUGCAGCUAUAAUCUGACCACUAAUCUGAGAGAGUCUGAGGUUUUCAGAACUUCCAAGAAAAAUAAUAUGCCAUUCCAUGCAAGAUGAUAGAUCAGUCACAGCUUAGUAAAAAUUCAUACGAAAUUGCUUCAAGAAAUUUCAAAACUCGUAUUUUGAUUGGCGAGCCAACUUAGUAAAACUAACUCGGUUCUAAAAAGACAUCUUUUAUACACGAAUCUGGAGUUCUGGACAUGAAUGGUGUUCGGAUUCUUGCAGAAAAGUGAAUUUUUUCUUCCUCGGAUGGAUGGAGUAGCUCAAGCUGCAGCCACAGAUCACAGCUCUCAAUACUCAGCAUUAGGGAGUAGUAGU